UUCCCCCCCCCCCACAAACACACCUUCCCCUCCCCCCUCCGGCAACGCAGUACCGAGACCCCCGUGGCAGGAGGGGUCGCGGGUGUCCACAUGAAUGAACACAGCUCUAGUCUUCCAACAACAUUUUAAACCACUUGUACCAAUUUGCAGUGGCAGACAUGAGUGGCUCCAAACCUGAUAUUCUCUGGGCUCCACAUCAUGUCGAUAGAUUUGUUGUAUGUGACUCAGAACUCAGUCUGUACCACAUUGAAUCUGCUGUAAGUUCUGAACUUAAAGCAGGAUCACUGCGUUUAUCUGAAGAAACUACAGCUACUCUUUUGUCCAUUAAUUCAGACACUCCAUAUCUGAAGUGUGUGGCUUGGUAUCCUAAAUUUGAUCCUGAAUGUCUUCUGGCAGUUGGGCAGGCCAAUGGUCGAGUUGUCCUUACUAGCCUUGGCCAAGAUCACAACUCAAAAUGUAAAGAUUUGAUAGGAAAAGAGUUUGUUCCAAAACAUGCUCGGCAGUGUAAUACCCUGGCAUGGAAUCCCCUGGACAGUAAUUGGCUUGCUGCUGGCCUUGAUAAACAUCGGGCUGAUUUUUCAGUACUGGUCUGGGAUAUCAGUAGUAAAUACACUCCAGAAACUCCAGUCACUACUGAGAAAGUGAGGCUUUCAGCUGGAGAUACUGAAGCAGGACUAGUCGUGACAAAACCACUUUAUGAAUUAGGGCAGAACGAUGCUUGCCUUUCUCUUUCUUGGCUUCCACGGGAUCAGAAGCUUCUUUUAGCUGGAAUGCACCGCAACCUGGCUAUCUUUGACCUUAGAAAUACAAGCCAAAAAAUGUUUGUGAAUACCAAGGCUGUUCAGGGUGUAACUGUUGAUCCAUACUUCCAUGAUCGUGUGGCUUCCUUCUAUGAAGGUCAGGUUGCCAUAUGGGACCUUAGAAAGUUUGAAAAACCUGUGUUAACCCUAACAGAACAACCAAAGCCUUUAACAAAAGUAGCAUGGUGCCCAACCAGAACUGGAUUACUAGCCACUUUAACCAGGGAUAGUAACAUCAUCAAGCUGUAUGAUAUGCAGCACACUCCUACACCUAUAGGGGAUGAAACUGAACCUACAAUCAUUGAAAGAAGCGUGCAGCCCUGUGAACACUACAUUGCUUCCUUUGCGUGGCAUCCCACCAACCAAAAUCGCAUGGUAGUUGUGACACCCAACAGGACUAUGUCUGACUUCACUGUGUUUGAAAGAAUCUCUCUCGCCUGGAGCCCAGUUACCUCUUUGAUGUGGGCAUGUGGCCGACACUUGUAUGAGUGCACAGAAGAAGGGAAAGCCAGUUCCUUAGAAAAAGACAUAGCCACCAAAAUGCGCCUCAGGGCUUUAUCCAGGUACGGCCUUGACACAGAACAGAUCUGGAGAAACCAUGUUCUAGCAGGAAAUGAAGACCCACAGCUGAAAUCACUUUGGUACACUCUGCACUUUAUGAAGCAAUAUACUGAAGAUAUGGAUCAGAAAUUCACAGGAAACAAAGGAUCUUUAGUUUAUGCAGGCAUCAAAUCUAUUGUGAAAACCUCUAUGGGAACAACAGAGAACAUCAGGCAUAGCAGGAGUGGGUCUGACCGACAGUCAGAUAUUAUUCAGUAUCUGAGCGAGGAGAGAUCAUUGGCUUUACAGCUUUGUGGGUGGAUAAAGAAAGGCACAGAUCUGGAUGUGGAACCCUUUCUGCACUCUUUGGAACAAGAAGGAGACUGGGAGCGAGCUGCUGCUGUUGCGCUAUUCAACUUGGACAUUCGACGAGCAAUACAGAUACUGAACAAAGGAGCUUCUUCUGGAAAAGGUGACCUAAACCUCAAUGUAGUGGCCAUGGCAUUAUCAGGGUAUACAGAUGAAAAGAACUCAUUGUGGAGGGAAAUGUGCAGCACUCUAAGGUUACAGCUAAACAACCCUUAUCUGUGUGCCAUGUUUGCUUUUUUGACAAGUGAAUCAGGUUCUUAUGACGGGGUUUUGUAUGAAAGUAACGUAGCUGUACGAGACAGAGUGGCAUUUGCUUGUAAAUUCCUGACGGAUGCGCAGCUGAACAGAUUCAUUGAAAAACUAACAAAUGAAAUGAAAGAAGGUGGAAACCUCGAAGGAAUCCUACUGACAGGACUCACAAAGGAUGGAGUGGACUUAAUGGAAAGUUACGUUGAUAGAACAGGAGAUGUUCAGACAGCAAGCUACUGUAUGCUUCAGGGUUCUCCCUCUGAUGUACUUAAAGAUGAGCGGGUUCAAUAUUGGAUUGAAAACUACCGGAAUCUAUUAGAUGCAUGGAGGUUUUGGCAUAAACGAGCAGAAUUUGACAUCCAUCGCAGUAAGCUGGAUCCCAGUUCAAAGCCUUUAGCACAGGUAUUUGUAAGUUGCAACUUUUGUGGAAAAUCCAUCUCCUACAGCUGCUCAAGCAUACCACAUCAGGGCCGAGGUUUUAGUCAAUAUGGCGUAAGUGGAUCCCCAACCAAGUCAAAAGUCACAAGUUGUCCUGGUUGCCGCAAGCCUCUUCCUCGCUGCACACUUUGUCUAAUAAAUAUGGGCACUCCAGUGUCCAGCUGCCCAGGAGGAUCAAAGUCUGAUGAAAAGGUGGAUCUCAGCAAAGACAAAAAAUUAGCUCAGUUCAACAACUGGUUUACCUGGUGUCACAACUGUAGGCAUGGCGGUCAUGCUGGACACAUGCUUAGCUGGUUCAGGGACCAUACUGAAUGCCCUGUUUCUGCUUGCUCAUGUAAAUGUAUGCAGCUGGAUACAACAGGGAAUCUCAUCCCAGCAGAGAUGGUCCAGCCAUAAAACAGUAGAGCUUGAAUAAGGACCAUCAUACCAGGGGCCCUCUCUAAUAGGUGUCCUUCACAGCCCGAACACUUACCUCAGAACAAGUCACUCAUGACUUGCCUGUAAUAGAAAAAUAAAUCAUUCUAUCACAUCAGCAAUUUGUGUGGAUGGUUUUGAUGUGCUUUGCAUAGCCAUGUACCGCUGGACUGAGUCUUGAAGUGUAUCAUGUGGACUCUGUCCAGUGGGUUGUGAAGCAAUUCAUUUCAGAGGCAUUUAUAGAGGCUUCAUUGAAAUGCGAAGCACCCAUCAGGAAGACAUUCAGCAUUACAUUGCCCAGACCGUAAGGCUUCCAUCUGAGAUGAACCAAUGUUGUGUACUGUGUUCCGUGGUCUGUCAAAUGCCUCUAUUGAAAACUGUUCUUGGAAAGACGGUGUCCUGAGUCGUGCUGUUGUAUAUUUAUUAUGCCCAAAUAAAUGUUUCUUUCCUCAUUUUUCCCAGCUUAGAUAUCAAAACACAUUAAUGUUCCCAUCUAUAAUUUUCUCACACAGAAGAGCUGUUCUGUGACAUUCCAAAAACAAUAUUUGGGUGAGUAAAGCUCUUGUUUAAUUUUUAUGAGUAAAUAAUAAGGUCCCAAAUUUCAUUAUGACAUGCUUUGUGGGAUCCCAAAAUUAUUAUAAAUAAGGCUUAAAAGUUCCACAUCAAUGGCUAAUUACUGGACUAGACAAACAUGCCAGCUCAAUGACUUGAAAUACCUACUAUUGAAAAAUUAAGGCAUACCCUAUAUUCCAAAAAUAUCAGUGUGAAUUACAUAAUACAAAUUCUGCUUUGGGUCAAAAAGACAUUCAUUUGUAUAAAAAAAACACCCCAUCCUCAGUAUAUAAUUUGCAAUGCAGAGCAGCCUGAUACAGUGCAGUUAAAGUUCAUUUACAGCAUUUGGGUAACACUGGAUGUCACUUGCCAUUGUUGUAGUGGCUGCUCAUGCCAAGCAUUCAUGUGCAACAAGAUUUAUCCUGUAUACCAUGAAAUCUGUUUAAAGUAUGUGACAAACAGGAAUUUUUGUGGGGGUAAAAUAGUGGUAAAAUAGAAGAAUAAAACAAAUAGAAGAAUAACACAUCUUCAAGAAAAGAACACAGACGAUAGCAAUACACUGACUGAUACCGUAAAUAUAGUAUAACUGUUUUGUUUAGUUUUGCAUUUAAUAAUGAAACGAAAGCAUACCAUUCAAUUUUUCAAUAGAUAACUAGAAACUUGAACUUCUUUUGCACAUUUUCAAUGCAAUUUUCGUGAUGUAUUAUAGUUGCCUAACUGACAAUCUUAUAUUUUUAGUUUUAAAUAUAGGGGCUUGGAACCAAAGAGCCAUGUGCAAUAUUCUGUGCAUGCACCUUGGCUUUCCUGCCUCUUUUCCCACUGUAGUCCCUUGUGCUUCCUGAAAAUCCAAUUGUGAGGGUUUGUAGUGCAGGGCCUGCAACCGGGGCUGGCAGAAAUCAGAAGUUGUAUGUGUGCACAUGCACGCAUAGAAGCUACUUGCAAACAGGGCACUCUAGAUCCAAGGUACGUUAUUUGUAGACAGACAAGAUUUUUGAAGGGACAAAUGACUCUUUAAUAAAAAAUAUAUAUCUAUUUUUAUGUACACAGUUAUGUUGACUUGUAUUGUAAUUGCAUUGGUCAAAGGCUACUUCCAGUCAGAAUUGCAUUUUCUACUAUUGAUCUAUAUUGAGAUGUACAUCCCAAUAUCCAAGCUAUUGUAUUUUUUGUAACAUUGACAAAAUAUUAGCAGUUGCUUUUAAUAAUUAGAUUUCUAUAAUACCUGGAAUUAAUUUUAAGCCAUUAAGAGCAAUGUAUAGACUUUAUUUUUGUGACCUUGUAUUUGAAGUAUUAAAAGAGCAUGGAUAACUUGGGUAAAAAGGGUAAGAUGCAACUAGGUAUUGUUAAUGUAAAACCUGGGUGUUUAAAAGCCGUAUGUUUUGUAAAAUAAAAGGAGCUGUUUUUUAUUAUCCUUGCACCCAUCUUCUUCAAACAAUACUGCAGCUGUGCAUGCAUAAAUGCCUUUUGAGAAUGUAGAACUGCCCUGCCAUUUAAAUGAGUAAAAUCUGUUUACAGUGAAGUUCUGUAUGAACAUUGUAACACUCUGGAUCAGCACCUAAGGGUUUAAUUAACUGCACUGCAAAGACAUUAGUUCUGACCUACAGUGUCAGUUCUCAAGCAUUUGGGCAGAUGUAUAUUGCUGUAGACCUCUUUGCUAUGUUAAUACAGCUGCUUCUCCCCUUGAAAUGGUAGAAUAAAAGUUUGACUUGCAGUUUUUAUUAA